AGCAUUUUCUUCUGUGAUUUCUGUUAAAAACAAAAAGAAAAUUAAAAAACAAAAACAAAAAACAAAAAAGAUGAAGAGAGAAACAAUGGAAAAUUUUGCAAUAAUGAGUGGGUUGGUUGGAGUGCAAUUUGUAUAUGCAGGGAACUCUGUUUUUAUGAGUUUUCUUAUGUCUUUGGGGAUUAAUCCUUUAACUCUGGUCAUCUUCUCUACCUUCUCCACUUUUCUCAUUGUCUCUCCCAUUGCUGUUUAUUUUGAAAGGCAUGAUUGGCCAAAGAAACUUAGUCUAAAGUUGAUCCUUCAGCUUCUUCUCAUAUCAUUUGGAGGGGUUACAUUGUUUCAAUCUCUUUUUCUGAAAGGAAUACAGCUAACUUCGCCAGCUUUAGCUACGGCGAUGCCGAAUCUCACCCCGGGACUCAUCUUUGCCAUUGCUUGGAUCUUUAGAUUAGAAAAAGUUCAGCUAAGUUGCAUCUAUAGCAAGAUCAAGAUUUUAGGUACAUUUCUAUGUGUGAUAGGCGCCUUCACCAUGAGCAUAAUGCACAGCGCGUCGUCGGAUGCAGCUGCAAAAGAUAAUAUCCCACGACAAUCACCUCCGUCCGAACAAGUGUUCAAUGAACAGAAGAUCCUUGGUUGUGUGUAUCUCUUCUCGGCGAUCAUCGUUUUAUCUAGCAUAGUUGUUCUGCAGGCAUCGACACUAGGCGAUUUCCCGGCCCCGAUGUCGUUGUGUGCGAUAACGUCUCUCAUUGGAGUUCUCAUAACCAUAGUUGUACAGAUAGUUCAAUAUCAGAAACUGGACAUUGGUUGGCCACUUCUGAUCAGUGGUAAAGAAUUGGCUGCCUAUUUUGUUCUAGGCGGAACCAUUAGCGGUGCUUGCGUGAGCUUCAACGGGUGGGCGAUGAAGAAACGAGGGCCAGUUUUGGUGUCGAUGUUUAGUCCAAUCGGAACCGUUUGCUCACUCAUUCUCUCAGUUUUCACCUUGGGAGAAUCCAUCAACAUUGGGAGCCUUGCUGGUAUGUUCCUCAUGUUCACCGGUCUCUACUUCGUCCUGUGGGCGAAAGGGAAGGAACGUUACGUCAAUCGAAACUGUCCCGAGAGUGAGUUCGACGUUGACAAGCCUCUUUUAAGUUGA